UAAUAAAAUGAUCAGCUGGAAACUAUGGGAAAGUUUAUGCAAAUGUAAAUAAAUAUAAAAGACAAAAAACUAAUAAAAAUGGUCAAAUUAACCUUCCUGAUCAGUAUUUCAGUGUUGACUUGUAAUUUAAUUUUAAGUGUACGAGUAUACAAACGUGCAGAUAUACUUAAACUAAGAGAGGAAGUACGUGAAAUGUUUCAACAUGCAUACGACAGCUAUUUAAGAUAUGCAUAUCCUUAUGACGAAUUACGUCCAUUGAGCUGCGACGGUGUUGAUACCUGGGGCAGUUACUCACUCACCCUCAUUGAUGCAUUGGACACGCUUGCCAUUAUGGGAAACUAUAGUGAAUUUAAUCGAGUAGUAGAUAUAGUACUACAGAAAAGACACUUUGAUGCAGACAUUAACGUUUCAGUGUUUGAGACGAAUAUUAGAAUUGUUGGCGGUUUAUUGAGUGCUCAUUUACUGUCACAUAAAACUGGGAUGAAAUUAGAACCAGGCUGGCCAUGCAAUGGUCCUUUACUUCGUUUAGCUGAAGAUGUAGCACACAGACUAAUAGCUGCAUUUGAUACAACUACUGGAAUGCCUUAUGGAACAAUUAACUUGCGAUCAGGUGUUCCACCUGGGGAAACUAGUAUCACAUGCACUGCUGGAGUUGGUACAUUUAUAAUUGAGUUUGGUACUUUGAGUAGACUGACAGGAGAUCCAUUGUAUGAAGAGGUAGCUUAUAAUGCUUUGAAAGCCUUAUACCAUCAUAGAUCACCAAUUGGUCUCCUUGGCAACCACAUAGAUGUGAUGACUGGACGCUGGACAGCUCAAGAUGCUGGAAUUGGUGGUGGAAUCGAUUCUUAUUAUGAAUAUUUGGUUAAAGGUGCCAUACUACUAGAGAAGCCAGAGUUAAUGUCCAUGUUUUUAGAAGCAAGACAAUCGAUUGAGAAGUAUCUGAAAAAAGAUGAUUGGUUUGUGUGGGCCACUAUGUUGCGUGGGCACGUCACCUUACCUGUCUUUCAGUCUCUUGAAUCAUAUUGGCCAGGUCUUUUAAGCCUCAUAGGCGAAAGUGACGCAGCGAUGCGCAUAAUUCACAACUACCACAGCGUGUGGCGCCAAUAUGGAUUCACACCUGAAGUGUACAACCUCGGGACGGGUGAGGCGUCUUCGUCACGCGAGAGUUAUCCGCUACGACCCGAACUCAUAGAGUCAAUCAUGUAUUUAUACAGAGACACCAGAGACCCUAUACUGUUGCAAAUGGGCGAAGAUAUUCUGAGGAGCAUACAGCAUAGUGCCAGGACACCGUGUGGGUAUGCAACGAUAAAAGACGUUCGUGACCAUCGCAAAGAAGAUCGCAUGGAAUCAUUUUUCUUAGCCGAAACCACAAAAUACCUGUACUUACUGUUCGAUCCGGAUAAUUUCAUUCACAACCCUGGGGUCCGCGGUACUGUCAUCGACACACCUAAUGGCGAAUGCGUGGUCGACCUUGGCGGAUACAUCUUCAAUACAGAAGCACAUCCGAUUGACCCUAACAUGCUGUAUUGCUGCCAUGAAGCUAGACAAGGAAUAAAUAUCAGCGAGGUUUACAGUAUAUACCAAAUUUUGGAAGAAGAAGAUAAUAUAAAAUUUAUGACUAUGAUAGAAGCGAACACCAAUGAAACUAAGAUCACUCAAUCGAACAACAACAAUAAUGAGAGUGUAAUAGAAAAUAAAACAAUUGACCACACAGAACCGAAGGAAAGAUCAGAUGAAAACGAGCCUGAACAAAAUCAAGUAUUAAUAAAAACUGAAUCGAGAACCGGAUACGUCAACCUCGAUGGAACGGAAAGGGAGAACGCAAACGAAUCAAACCUCAGUGACCUUGUUAAAGAGACGAUCAAUAAAUAUUACAACGACACUAUAAACGUCGAAACACAAGAAAUUGUUAAACUUUCAGUCGAUGAACCAACGGCAGGAUCGUCGCAAACCGUUGAAGUGGACGACAUAAUCGUGCCAGAGAAAUCGGAGGUGCAACUGCCAAGCGUCACGAAAACGAAAGAAGUCAUGAACAUGCUGCCUAAAGUUAUACAAGACUUUUUGAACAGCGAUUGGAAAUCGAAGCCGAAAUGCGAACCGCAGAAGAUGUUAGAAAGGAUACGUAGAGAACAGAAGUAUCCAGAUCACCCUGAUGUAUAUAAGUACGAGUUAUUAUUGACCCCGGCGCCGUCGUUUCUACAAAGAAUAUCGUUGGCCGGAGAAUUCUUAAAUAAGAAGCAACUGGAGUUGUGAUAUUUUGUUCGACUGAUUAAGUUUAUAGGGGGAUUUUUUUUUAUUUUUAUUUAUUGGUAUUUUCAUUAAAAUAUUUAUUCUGUUUA